GUCUUGAACGUGACACAGUUAUUCAGUUGUGUCGCUAACGUAAAAGGAGCUAGGUGCAGUCACGUUUUGUGCUAGUCGCAAAAGGCAUCAUUUAUAAGAUUUAGAAUAUUCGUAAUGGAUCAGAUAAUCGAAAAUCCAAUGGAAGAGGCGAUCGAAAUCGUCGAAAAAAUGGACGAGCCUAAUGUACUCGCAGCAGACGCAAUCGAUGCGUGUGCAAGUCCAACAGACGUUAAGAUAACUGUAUGCGUACAAAAAGGAGAUAUUCCGUUGGAAUCACUUGGCACUUCAGACGAACAGGAUUCAACGUCUGAUCAUGAAGAUACAACAACAUCCGCCUCACCGAAGCGUCGUCAUCUGCCGAAAGGCAUCGUGUCCAGCGCGCUGGACAUCUCCCUGCUGACGGCCAAUGCUAACCAGUUGCGUCUUCUGCUAACGUACAAUGAAAAGUCUAGAACAUAUUUUGUGUGCAUCUCCUUGGUCAUUAUCUCGCUUGUGAUGGAGGUCAUGCAGGGGAUGGGUGUCAUCAUCAUGAAGAGCUAUCCAAAGAUUGUACCAAGGAUGGGCAUAGCCAUAUCAAUCCUUGUUGCUGUCAUAACGGUCGUCAACGUACUGCUAGCAGCUUUACUUCAAGUAUAAACCAAAGAAAUGAAUACAGUCGGUUCUUUCAUAUCACAACGUGCUAUCAAUAUGUACCAAGGAAAUAGUGAGUUCGCUCUCGAAAGAUAUGGUAUAUGAUGGGUGUUGAAAAUGAUGAAUAAAAAUGAUGUAUAAAAAAAACGUU